GACAAACUCCUGAUCAAACUCGAGGAUGAAAACGACCCCCAAUUGGCGACAUCACCGGAUGAAGAGUGUGUGAUUUGCAUCAGUGCCAAAGCAACAAUGCAAACGUUUCCGUGUGGACAUCGGGUGGUGUGUCGUAAAUGUUUUGUCAAAACCAUUCAAAUGGUUGUCAGCCAACGAAUGCUUCCGUUAAGAUGUGUGAUCUGUCGCUCAAAGAUUCUUCGGCUCAAACAGACAAGUCAUGGCGGACUCAAUACGGGACACGUACUCAGAAGUGGUCGCAGUUAUGCAAACACUAACCCUUUCUAUAUAUCACCGGCGAGUAGUCCCGUCUCACCCGUCACUGAAGUAUUUCGCGAACAAAGGGCUGUAUUUGUGAGACAUUACGUUGAGUUUGGUUACGAUCCCAACGGACAAAGUCCUGUCUCCAGUCCUUGUGAGCAUUGCGUUGAAAAGUCAAAAGCGAGUGAAUCGUCUCCUAAGGGUGACUCAAAUGCCACUUCUCUGCCGAACUCAUCCCAAUCCUCAUCACAUGAAUGUCGGCCCAAAAGCAGCGGAACUCCAUUUCAAUGGCAUUUCAACCGUAAACGCAAAUACAGCCGAAGUCUACACCGAAGGCGCGGCACAAAAGCCGGUGUUUCCCGAAACAGCUCUUCGCUGUCUUCCCGACCGAACUCUCUAUUACUACCGAUCGAUGAAAGAGAAGAAUUACAAGAAUCGUCUCAAACGUCAAACGCUAAUGAUUUGACAGAAACUAAUGAAAGUGAGGCCUCUUUCUCGUCGACAGAAAAUGCAAAGCCAGACGAAGCCAUGGCUUCUGUCUCCAAAUCGACGACAACCCCAUCGACCCCUUCCUUGUCCUCACGAUUGGGUAAAACAUUGAUGAGAGCAAAGAAAUGGAUCAAAAGAGACAAAUUAACGCACAGACAGACCGAGAGUUGA